AUGUGUAAACACAUUCUGAACGCCCAAGUGGCCAUCCGCUCGCACUGCUGCCGGAAAUGGUUUGACUGCGCCGAAUGCCACGCCGAGAGCGAGUCGCACAUGCUCCAGAAGAGCGCCGAGAUGAUCUUUGCAUGCAAGAAGUGCAAGAAGUGUUUCCGCAAGGACGCGGCCGAGUUUGACGAGAGCGACGAGUACUGCCCUCACUGUGAUAACCACUUCGUCAUUGAGGCCGUGGAACCAAAGCCUUCACUCCAUGUUGAGGGUGAAGAUGCCCGUAUGGACAACCGUAUGCUCAAGGAUGAACGUGUUGCCCGAGACGAAGAGCGUUCUCUCUUCAACCUUCGCGACGUGUCGGAUCGCAUGGGUUAA